AUGGAUCGUGGAUGCCAUGUUUGGUCCGACGUAGGUAAUGGCCGUAAUACUUCAGCUUGGUUUGAUCUUUGGAGCGAUUUGGGGCCUCUUGGUGAUUUUCUUUCGCCAAGAACUAUUACAGAUGCUGAUUUUCAUUUGGAUGACACCGUGUUCAAUAUUUUCUCUAACGGAACAUGGAAUUGGCCUGUGGCAUGGAGGGAUCUUUUCCCUAUUCUUACUCAGCUGGAUCACUUUCAAUUAGAACCAACAAAAUCUGACCGGUUGCUAUGGAAAGAUGGUGGUGAAUUUCAGGAUUUUUCUUCGUCAGCCGUGUGGCAUUCGGUCCGGCAUAGAGAAUCAGAGGUGGAUUGGAGCGGCAUUGUUUGGUUUGCCCAAUGGAUUCCUAGGCACGCUUUUAUGAUGUGGUUGAUAAUGAAGGGAAAGCUCCUUACUCAAGACAAAAUUCUGCAGUGGGAUCUCUCAAGGCGAAAAAACAUGAAUAUGAUGUGCUGUUUAUCAUGCUAUGAGAAUUUUGACUCUCAUCAGCAUCUAUUUUUUGAGUGUAAAUUCUCUGAUAAAGUUUGGAAUAUGAUUCGAAGUAAAGUGGGGAUGGUGGCCGUGAGUUUGAGAUGGGUGGAUAUCAUCGAUUGGUUAUGUGCUCGAGUUCAGUCAAAGAAAGCUGAGGUUUAUGUUGCGAAGAUUCUAGUUGCGGCAGCUGCGUAUACUAUUUGGCAAGAGUAG